GAAGGCGGCGGCGGCGGCGGCCUCGGCAACGGCGGCGGAGGACAAGGGAAGGGAUAACCCACAAAAAUGUAAUUCCGGACAGAGGUUAUUCUGCCCCGACCAAAUGCCAGCAUGUACAGGCUAGGAGAGAAACCCAAGCGUCGGCUACGGGCUCACAGCUCCAGCAUCCGAAACGUCGAAAUUGCCCGAGGCAGAGCGGGAUAUGGCUUUACUCUUUCUGGCCAAGCUCCCUGCGUGUUGAAUUCUGUUUUAAAAGGAAGUCCGGCCGAUUACGUGGGACUGAAGGCAGGGGAUAAAAUAUUUGCCAUCAACGAAAUCAAUGUGAAAAGGGCCUCCCACGAAGACGUGGUGAAGCUGAUCGGCAAAUGCUCAGGGGUUUUGCACAUGGUCAUUGCCGAAGGGUUCGGUCAUGCGGAAGCUUGUUCCAGCGAGGAAGAAGAGGGCCUCUAUGACGGAAAAGGGUGGCCAAAGACCAUGCUUGACCUGAAAGGCCCGGGUAUAAACCGGGCGGUAAAAGUGGUUGAGGAAAUGCAAUCCGGUGAAAUUUUCAACAUGAUCUUCGAAAAUUCUAAUAUUGGCCCAAGCGAGACACAGGUGCCAAAAAGAAAGGAAAAGUCCGUCCACGAGGGGGCCAGGUUGGAAACAGAAUCUCCGCUGACAAACGAUAAACCCCACGUCCUGUACGAUGAGCAAGCCCAGACCGCGAACCACAACUCGGUUUUUCAAGCUUGCCCGGAAGACCAGGAAUGUGGUGGAAUCGACGCCAGCGUUUUGAACGUGGCCAUGAUUGUGGGAUACCUGGGGUCCAUCGAGCUCCCUUCUUCCAGCUCAAAUCUGGAAUACGACAGCUUGCAGGCCAUCCGUGGCUGCAUGCGCCGCCUUCGGGCCGAGCAACGCAUCCAUUCGUUAGUGGCCCUACGGAUCAUGCAUAAUGCCGUCCAGCUGUGCACAAACCUGUCCAUCGUGAUUGCAACCUAUCCAGCCGAGAAGCUGGCCUUCAGCGCGCUCUGUCCCGACGACAAGCGAUUUUUUGGACUGGUCACCAUGCAGAGCAUCGAGGAGGCAAGCUUAGCUCCGGAGGAUGACGCGGUCCUGAGGACGUCCUGUCACGUCUUUAUGGUGGAUCCCGAGCUCUUCAGUCAUAAAAUUCACCAGGGCAUUGCCCGACGGUUCGGAUUGGAAUGCACGGCCGAUCCGGACACCAAUGGCUGCCUCGAGUUCCCCUUGUCAUCUUUCCCAGUCCUUCAGUUUGUCUCUGUCCUUUACAGGGAUAUGGGGGAUUUCAUUGAUGGGGUGCGGGCCAGGGCCUUCCUAGACGGAGAUGCGGACGCCCAGCGGAACAACAGCAUGAGCAGUAACAGCGACAGCGGGAUCGGGAACGUCAAUCAGGAGGAAAAAAGUCGGGUUUUAGUGGUAGACUUAGGCAGCAACUCCAACAAACACCCACUUAGCAAUCUCCAGGGCAGUCCAAUAAACAGAGCUCAGAAUCCCCACUGGAGUUUUGGUCACGAACAAGAAAAUGUAGGCUUAGUUCCCACGUUCCAGAACGACAAAUCUCAAAACCUUAGUACGUUUCUGGCCUCUUCGGCUCACGUUGAAGUCCCGGGGCCUUUGUCCAAAGCCUCAGGUCAGAAGAUCCCCGGGGACCAUCAGAGGUGGUUGCCUGCCCACGUGCUGAAAGACUGGCAGCAUGGAUGCCUGAGCGACCAAGAGUCGUACACGGACUCUACCGACGGUUGGUCGAGUGUCAACUGCGGGACGCUUCCGCCUCCCAUGAGCAAAAUCCCAGCAGACAGAUACAAGGUCAGCGGCGGCUUCACUCAGCCUCAUCUCCUGUCCCCAAAGAAAGAGCCGGCGGAGAAAGAAUUUCAGAGGGAGGAUCGCUUGGAUUCUCGACAGGGCUUCAGAUCCCCCCAAGAAGACAAGAAGGGCACAAAAUUCGGACCCGCUUUUGGAUUGGUGCAACUCUUCCAUCCCUCUUCUUCGGCUCGGAGAUCGUUUGGGCGCUCCAAGAGAUUCAGCGUUACCCGUUCGCUCGAGGAUCUUGAGUCUACAACGGUGUCUGAUGGAGAGCUGAAUCACAGUGACUUGAAAGAUGGCACCAGCGACACCAGCCUCAGCAGCAAUGCCAGUCUGCCCAGUGUCCAGAGCUGCCAACGACAACGCGACAGAAGAGUUGCCAGUUGGGCUGUUUCCUUUGAGCGCCUCCUUCAAGAUCCCCUUGGUAUUCGAUAUUUCUCUGAUUUUUUACGGAAGGAGUUUAGUGAAGAAAACAUUCUGUUUUGGCAAGCCUGCGACUAUUUCAAUCACAUACCUGCUCACGACAAAAAGGAGAUUUUCAAUUUGAUGAAGUUUGACAGCUACGCACGCUUUCUGAAGUCUCCGUUUUACCAACAAUGCGUUUUAGCCGAAGUGGAAGGCCGUCCGGUCCCCGAUCCACAGUGGGUUCCAAACAGCCCUACUCUGAAGUCCACUUUCGGUCCUGACAUGUUCAGUGUUUCCACUCCGAGAAAGUUAGGUGGAAAAGCCAAGUCUGGGCGCUCCUUAAAUGAAGAAUCUGGAGAAGAAGAUGGCGAGAAAAAGAAAAAAGGGACUUUCUUUUCCUGGUCGAGAAGCAAGAGUUUGGGGAGGUCACAGAAGAAGAAGGAGAAUGGCAAUUGUCUCAAAGAGUCUUCUCAGCCUGGUGAGCUCUCCUAUAGACAUCAAUCACAAGAUUCCUUGUCUUCAGCUGCGAGUCUGGAGAUGGGUGAGCCCUGCCGAGCCUCGGGACCCCCCACCGCAAAAGAGAAGCCCCCUCAGAGUUGCCACAUCCACCUCCCAGAUGGCUCCACUUCGGUCAUGCCUGUCCGAGGUGGGGCCUCCAUCAAAGAGGUGCUGUCCGGCUUCUGCGAAAGGCAGCGGAUCAGCAUGGCUGCCGUCGACCUCUUUUUAAUCGGCGGGGACAAGCCACUCGUACUGCACCAGGACAGCAGCAUUCUGGAUUCUCAAACUCUCCGCUUAGAAAAAAGGACACUAUUUCGGAAGACCCUGCGGUCUCUGUAUUACUGGACUUUCAUGUUGGGGUCCCAGGGUGAGGGCGAAGGAAGACCUGUUGGAAAGCACAAUUCUUUUAAAUUAAAAGGCGAGCCGGGGAAAAACUCCCGAGAAGCCCACCUGGCCCCAAAAGAAGCCCGCCUUGCUCAGACUGAAAAAAACACACGCCAGCAUUUGAAUUUGGAAGAAGCAGAGGAAUUUUUCGAACUUGUAUCCAAAGUCCAGAGCAACCGAGCUGACGACCAGCGAGGGUUGCUACGAAAAGAAGACCUGAUUUUGCCAGACUUCCUUCAAAUGCCCCCGUGCCUGGCGGGCAUUUCCACAUCUAUCCCCUGGGAACCUCCAGGCCCUUCCUCGAGAACGCCUCAUCCUGACGGUCAGGAGGAAAGCAGCCCGGAGGACCGAAGUUGCCUGCAACCCCCAAGUGACUCGGUGGCUGGACAGCGAGGUCCAGAGAAGGCCCUGGGGCUGCCCGUGGCCCUUGGUCAGGUGGCCAGCGAGGGAACCGUCCCCGCCACUUGUCCCCGCCCUCCGAAUCUGCUUUUGCAGGGCAAUCCGAGAUGGAAAGAAGAGGUGGAGACGAUGGAGGAAGAGGACGUGAUCGUGGCAGACCUCAGCCUGGUGCCCAAGGGGGACAUCGGCAGCCCCCCAAGCUGCAGGCUGACCCUCUCUGAGAUGGGAAGCCCCACUGAGUCCAAAAUGGCCUCCGAGAAAUUCAGACCAGGUCCGCUCCAUAAGCCUAGAACCCACCCCCAAGGGAGUGAGGGAAGCCUCGAAGACCCAACCUUCCCAAACCCUCGUCGUGACGUCUACCCUGCCGAGAUCAGGAAGGAAAUUGGUAGACCUGAACUCCCAAUCCACGGCGUCAUCGAUGUGGACAGCGUGACAACAUCGCAAGGCCCACCGUGGUUUUGUCCUGAACCAGAGAGCCGCGUCCUUUUCCACGGCGGUGUCUCAGAGUUCAGGGCCGGCCAGCCAAGAAGACCAACGAGAACUCAAAGGACAUCCAACCUUCCCGCUUCCCCAGCUGCCGGGAGCGAGAAGAAAGAGGAGAACGAGGGCCCUUGUAAGGCCACUUUCGUUUGAACGUCUGGACGCACAACUCGGGGGGCUUUGGCUCACCUGUGGAGCCACCAUGGGUGCAGUGGUUAGAGUGCGGUACU